AUGGUUAUGAUGGACACUCCAGAAGGAGUUGUAUGGGAUAGAAUAGAUCCCGGAAAAGAUACCAGUUACUCCAUUGUAUUCUCACAUGAACGAAUACCAGCAGAACUCCCCUCUUCUUCACAGUAUUAUCCAAUGAAACUCAGUAAUGGAUCUUCUUAUCUCUGUAUGAUUCCAGACACAUCCCCAACUAAAGAAUCACUCUCCACAUCUUCAUUAGAAGUUCAUAGUCGUGUCUCUUCACGUACCACCGCUAUUCUUCAUGCUGCCCUUAAUGAUUGGUGUUAUCAUCAACGAGAGGAAUGGUGGUCCUAUCAACUCUGCUGGAAUACCCGCAUUGUACAAUUUCAUCAAGAAGUUAUUAUGAUGCAUGGAGAUGGAAAUACACCUCUUGUUUCUUCUGCAGGGAAUAAAAAUUUUUUUCUCCUCGGUAUGUCUCCACCAGCAGAGGCAGUUGAACUUCGCUACGGUGUGGAUCCCUCUGGGGAGCGGUAUAUCUACACAAUGUACACAAAUGGACAUAUUUGUGAUCUUACCAAGAUGCCACGCGUGACGGAAGUGCGGCUUUACUGCGCCCGUGAAGAUGAUCGGGAGAAAUUGCAGGUUGUGGAAUCGGAAGUUUGUCGAUAUGUGGCGAGUGUGUACUCUGGACGGGCGUGUGUGCCGGAGCUGCGGCGGCAGAUUGUACAAAGUGAGAUUCGUUGUUACAAUGAUGAUAAUAGUGCUGGGCGGGAGUGA